AUGGGUUCCGAGAAGAUGAUCGAGGUUCGAAUUGAUAUGGAGGAGGGUGAACCCCUCGGGGCGACUCCGAAUGACAAGUUGGUCAUCACCAAAAUUCAGGCAGGAACUAUUGCCGAGGGCAAGUUGAGAAUCGGUGACCAAGUAAAAAAUGUGAACGGAGUCGCCUGCAAGGACUGCAACGACUUCUUCCGCGCUCUUCGUUUCGCCGCUCCGUGCGCUCGGAUCAUGGUGGUUCGGGAUGAAAAGAAGGCGGAGGAGUUGGAGGCUCGUGUUCAUAUCCCGGCGGAUCGUGCCAAGAUCAUUCAGCGUCGUGAGGGAUACACUUAUGAGUUGGCGACUCUGGUCUGGGCACAGAAUGGCCCGAAACUUGGAUUGGGAAUCAAGCAUUUCCAGAACCGCGUCCUCGUCUCCCGUGUCGAUCCCGGAUCUCUCGCUGAAAAAUGCCUUGUCCUCGGUGAUCACUUGUGUGAUGUCGAUGGAAUUCCGGUGACUGAUAAGGAUGUCGCCAGAGAUCUGUUGGUGAAGAAUCUUCAAGAAAAGGGAAAAGUCUCGUUUGUCGUCGAGCGUCCGGAUUCGAUCGAUGCGAAGCAGUGGGCCAAGCAGGCGUUGUCUGCUAAUCUCAUGACACCACCGUCUGUCAUCAUGUCCGAAGAUGUCACAAAAAUUGCUGCCCAGUAUCGUCAAGCUCUUCCUGGUCUCAAAACGCCUUCGAAAAGUGCCAUGUCGAGUGGACCGAGUGCUCGUCGUGCUCAGAUUGUUGAGACGACUAUCACCCAUGAGAUUGGACACGAUCAUGAAGGAAAGGCGCUUCGUAAAGUCAAAUAG